AACAAGGAAUAAGCUUAGACUAGUUACGGCGUGUUUUGUUCAUGUCACUCGAGUGCCAUUUGUCAUUCAAAAGAUAGAGACAAAUCAUGAACUAACUAAUCAAAGCGUAGUCUUCGUUUAUUAAUAAGGGGGUUAGAGUGUGUAACUAAAAAGACAAUUGCAAAUCCACCGAUACUUUUCAGAACAAGUCAUCUUAGUGGCCUUAAAAUAAAGCAGCGAAUAUGCCUAUGGUCUCGGGCAAAUUUACGUUUAUAAGAUAGCCACCCAGAAGUCCAACGAAAGGUCAAUUGCGGUCAUACCUACUUGGCUUCAACUAAUAGUACUGAGUUUGGCCUCCAGUUAUUACUAUAGCUUCAUGGAUAUUACACAAUACAAAUUAUGUCGUAAAUGUAAAAGUUUGUGUAUGUUGGUUACCUCUCCUGCUAAACAGCUGGAUGGAUUUAAAUGAAUACGUGUCUAUUUUAUUUACCACGCCACAUGACUAGCUAUAUAUGAAGUCCUCCUAUAAACAAAUUACACGCAGGUUAAAUCGUGGACAACAGCAGAUAGUUAUAAAUAAACCCAGUAAAAAAAAUAUCAUGACUGCCGAUAAAGUAAAAAAUUAAUAAUAUUUUUCUAAAUUAAUGAAAAAUGCCUAUUGUAAAAUUGGAUUCGCUGUAGUAUGAUAAAGUUACCAUUCAUAAUAAAUAAAACAAUUGAAACCGUUAUAACUGAUUUUUAUUCACAAUAAAUUUUUAAAAUGCUUCCUUUCGCUUACACAAUCUACUACGUCUUAAAAAAAUCUGCUUCAGUCUACUAAGACUAUUAGUACUAUUUUAUGUAGUUUUGUUUCGGACUGCCUUAAUAUUUCACAGCUCUGCUUCCAUGUUUGUUUUGCGUGCGUAAACCAUUACUUUAUUAUAUCCCCAGAGAAAAUGGUUUAGACCUGUACAUGCAAAAAAUCGCACAUGACCUUUUGCUACCCUGUUUUAAAAUAAUUAAUGAUUUACUAAUAAAUGUGAUUAUUUGUUUUUUGAAGUUAUACUUCUUUAGCCGCGUUAUGAAAAAAAUGUUAAAUCACUAAAUGGGAAUAUAAAUCAAUACAAAUAAUUAUUAAAAAAAUAUUCAAAGGACUUGCUAUCGAGAUUGAACCAUCUGAUUCAAUUUAAAUUCAAUAUUGUGACUAAAAUUAAAAUAAAUCGAUGGGAUUACUCAAACUUAGUGUAAUAAAUGCAUUCAUCGCUCCUAAAUUAAGGUGGUUGGACUAAGACACGCGCAGAUUUCAUAUAAAGUUUUAAUUAUACCGAUAUAGAUAGAUAUUUUCCAUUUUUUUAAAGACUGCUUAUAUUUAAAGAUUGGGGACAAACAAUUUAACAGAAAAUUCUCCAUUAAACCAAUUAAAGUUGAAUUUAUUUUUAAUGGUUUUGAAUUUACCGCCAAAACGCUCGGUUCGAUGACGUCUACUGUGUGACGUUAACUUUGUGUAUGCUAUGUCAAGUCUGAAGGUCAAAUUAUUAACUUUUUUUACGUUCGGGAUAAAUUUAUAGUAUAUAUAUAGCAGGCCCGAUUUAGAAAAUUACCCCAACUGUGUAGGCAGCACACAUCACAAUUCGGAGGCAAUUAAGGGUCAUCCCCACUCUUACACCCUAGAUUGUCCCUGCGGCAGGCAUGUCAUUAGGCGUUUUUAGCCAGAGGACAAAAAAAAGCAGCAUUCGAGAAUGCUUGACAGUAGACUAUGCUAAGCUAGCAUUAUCGGCGGAAACUAUAUAAUACUUUAGUUAAUUCAACUGAAGUUAGCGAUGAGUGCUAGAAUUUUUAUAAGAAUAAUUAACAAUUUAAACAAUUAAAUUAUUAUUAUUUUGUUUUUUUUUCCAGUGCUACUUAGCAAUCGCUAUUUUUCUUUUUAUGCUGCUUAGCCUUUUUGUACGCUAAACGCACCCAUUUACACAAGGAACUACUAUGUUCCUUGCUUAUAUGCUCUAAGCUUAAGAGACGUUGACAACAUAAGUACGUAGUCACAGAUGAAUGAAAAAGUCAUUUUGACAUCAGAAUCUGACGGACAGGAGAGUUUUUGGCGGGAUUUCAUCGAGUGCGGUUGGCGUCUUAUUUUAAUUAUUCUUAAAUUCGUUCAUAGUGGAUAUUGUGAAAUAAAAUUGGUGUGGUUUUGUGUAACAACUGUCUGCGUAACUGAAGAAUUAGUGGAAUCGUUAAAAUAUACGCUAUUCCGGUCAAGUGGACUUGAGAAUUUUAUUGUAGUGUUGACUACCUCACAGAAGCUUAUCGAAAAAGCCAACUCGAUACAUUUCGUGCCAAACACUCCAAGAAACAUUAGAAUACGUCACACCGACAUUCUAAUGUAAAAAGUAAAAACCAAAAGAAGAUUAAUUUAAUUAAAGACCAGGCUGUAUGGGUAUUGUUCCCUUUGCCUUUCCUAAAACGGGAGAUCUUCAACAAAAAAAAAAAGAAUCUGACAGUUUCAAAUGUUUUUGUUUACCUACGUAUCGUAUUUAAUAAUUUAACUACUUUUUCGAAUUUCUAGAUUCUCAGCACUGCUUUUUUAUUACUAAAACUAUUUUAAACCUGCACAAAAUAUGGAGCCCAAAAACGAAUUACAAAAGAAUGCGAUUGCUGAAGCUCGAAGAACAGAGUUGGAGACUUACCAGCGGGCGCUGGACAUCCAAUGGUUGAAUAGUCGCAUGGAAGACGGUCGUAUGGGCCGCUGCCUAGCACUGAUAAAGAAAGAAGCCGAAAUGGAGAAAGACUUUCAAGAGAGGACAGACCAUGCUGCCAUUGUGAAUGCUCGAGCAGAGAAAGAGAUAGCUCUAGGUAUAGAAAUAGCUAAAGUGAGACGUGAAGAGGUUUGUGAGCUACAGAGAAGGCACUACUUGAGAGAGAGGGACCCGAGCCUAAGAGAGCUUGCGAAGAAACUCCAAGCUGGCUAUGUGUGCCGGGAUCUGAGACAGCAGAUUCUGAAUAACGAGUACAAACAACUGCAGCUGAAGGCAGAAGAGCAACACGCUAACAGGGUCCUCCUAAAUGCUCUUUACAAUGAUAAAGAAGCCAAAUACCAAGAGGAGUCGGAGAAGAAGAAGCGUACCGACCAAUACUGCCUCGACCUGCAGCAACAACUGGUGAACCGGCAGCUUCAGAAGCAGUGCCAGUACGAAGAUACUCUCAUAGAGAAGAAGAUGCUUGAUGAUAUUAUGCGCACUAUCGCUGAUGAAGAUCAGAGGGAGUUACAACAGAAGCGCGAGCAGACUGAGAAGAUGCGCAGGGAAAUGGUAUCUUGUCAGGCAGCGCGCGAAGCAUGGCGGCAGAAGCAGAAGCAGGUGGUGGUAGCUGAAGAGAGGGAUAUCGAAGGGCAGCGAAGGGCCGCUGCCGAUAGGAAUGCUGCUGUUAUUGCAGAAAGGGAACGGAAACUAAGGGUUAAAGAAGAGCUUAAUGAGAAAAUCACCGCCAAAAUACUGGCCGACGAGGCGUCUCGUCAAGAACGCGACAGCAUAAUCAAGCAGUUGCAAGAACAAGAAUACCUGGAGAAGAACUUCCAAGACGACGUCGCAGAGAAACAGAAGAUGGAACGCGUGAAGAUUGAAACUAAGGACGCUCUCACUGCGCAGAUGAAGACUAAGAGACGGCAAGAAGCCGAGCAUAAGAGGAGAGAAAUGGAGUUCAGGAAUCAGACCGAAGCGAAAUUAGCCGCAGACAACGAGAAAGAGUUGGAGAAACAACGCAAGCUCAAAGAGAAAGCUCAAGCCUACUCCAUGGAUUUAUUGAAACAGAUAGAAGACAACACCCGCAGGAGGAAAGAAGAUAAGAACCUGGAAGAAGGACGCGCUAAACAAGUGUGGGAUUGCGAUAAAGCUUGGCGUCAAGAAGUGUCUGAAGAACGCAAGAAGAUCGUAGAAGAGCACGUGCCUCACCUCCUGGGCUACCUUCAAACGGGUGUGAUAAGGAAAGAAGAUCUUCCAGCAGUAAGACAAGGAGUAGCAAAACACGAUCAUCUUUCAUCGCUUAACAUCGACUCGCUUGCUGUAAGCAACCGCCCUAAAAGAUACUCUAAAUGCAACGCCCAAUGUAGAGUGUUGAGGGAAUAUUAAAUCAAGAUUCGUAUUCAGAGUGUGUUUGAAGAAAGUCCUAAUGAUUUUUGAUCUCAUUGAAUUGUUAAAAAGUAGGUUAGUUAAUUUGAAUUUUAAUUAUUGACAAAAGUAUUUAGUAAUUUAUAGCCGUUAUAUAGCAUUAGCAGUACACAUUUGACGUUUAACUAGAUCGAAUAAAACUAUUCGAAUUCGAUAAUGGUUCGUGGGUACUGAAAGAUUUUUUAUGCGGUUUUCAUAUGUUUGUUUUAUGGAAUUUUCAAUGUGAAAUCAUCCGUAGUUAAAUUUGACUGUAGUUAAAAUACUAGAGAAAAAAAUAGCCAUUUGUCAAAAUUUUACACAUUUGGCGUGAGUUGCACCAACUUACUUUAACUUUGACUGUUCAGUUAAAGUACCGGUAAGGUGAAAAAUGGCUUUCAACAUUUGACGAUAAUCAAACGAGGGAUCAUUAUUUGACAGUGACAAUAACUGUUCAAGCGAGACCGCUUAAAGUUACAGUUUAAUUUUACUUUCCCUAGCUCUGUGGUCCAACUCACGCUUACUAUGUAUUUGCCGUGACAUUAACUAUACUCAAAGGACAAUGUUAAAAUUGGCCUAAGAACCAACACUAAUUUGGCAUUUAUGAUAAUUCUUAGUAUAUUUUUUGCGAUAAUUAUCAGUAUUUAGAUUGUGACGGACACUUCCAGUUAAGUAAGCUAAAUUAAAAAGUUAUUAAAUAAUCUGAGACAAUAAAUACCAUUUUAUGUGUAUAAUCUAUGGCAGCGCUGCAAACAACACACUCUUUCUUCCUAAUGCCGGCACUUCACUUGGCUAUUCGUAUUUGCUAUUUUAAAACAUGACAUCAGUCUGUCCUUUUCAUUCCUUAUUAAGCAUGACAAGGACAAACUGUUGUCAAGUGAAGGGCCGGCAUAAAACUCGUUACUCUGUGGUUGUGGUGCAUGCAGUUUGCAUUUGUAGUAAUCUGUGGCAUUCGUGCAUUCCAAAGAGUAGUAUAAUAUACCGGAAAGUGCAUUCUCGUUUCGGAUUAUACCUGUUGUGUGUGUUUAUUUGCGAUUGUUUUUCCUUUAAUUUAAGUAUUUCGGCUAUCUAAUAUGCCAUCGAUGUUACCAAAGGGCAGAGCCCUUAUUACCCAGUGCUAGUGAACUUAUGCCAUAACAUCCUGAGUGGAUCGGAUCAUACUACCAAAUUAUUCAAGAACACCUGAUACACAUUCACGCUGCAUAUUUACAUAAUAUACAUGUGAUAUACAAAUAAAUACAUUAAACAAUAUGAUACAAUUAU